AUGCAUCUUAUCUACUGCCUGCUGUUAUACGGAGUUCAUGGGUUCUUCCUGUUGUUCGUUUUUAAUAAUGGGUCUAUCGAAGGUCAGCUUGGUAUGGGUUCACGUCAAAAGCAAUUCAAGUCAACUGCAGCUUGUGCCAGUCCUGUUGUGAAGAGAUUAGAAUUUCUUCCCAGCCCCGUCCCUUCAGAGGAAGCUGCUUCAAACGAGAAGGAUGUGAAGAAACCUGAAAUGGAGCAGCAGAAGGAAGCAGAUCUCCCUGCUACACUGGAGGUGAUGAAACCAAAAAACCUGGAACAAGAGGGGAGUAUAGUAUUGCCAUUUUUAAAGAAACUACCCGAGACCAGCCAAGUUACUCUGCAGAAUUCUGGUCUACAAGAAGAAGAGCGGAAGCGCCAGGAAAGGUGGCAGCAUGAGCAAGAACGCUUGCUUCAGGAGAAGUAUCAGAAGGAGCAGGACAAGCUGAAAGAGGAAUGGGAAAAAGCCCAGAGAGAAGUUGAAGAGGAGGAGCGUAGAUACUACGAGGAGGAACGUAAGAUAAUUGAGGAUACUGUAGUUCCAUUCAUUGUUUCUUCAAACUCUGCUGAGCUCCUCUCCUCUUCUUCCUCUACCACUGAAGGAAACAAGACAGCAAACACACCUGAUUCAAACAGCUCUCCAGAGGAAGGCAAACAUAAAGAAGUUACAAGGCAGAAAAAGCUGCUCUGGGAGCAGGACACUCUGCCGUCUCUGAAGAGCAAGGAAAAUGAACUCUGGCAAGAAAAGAGGAGUGGAAAUAAAGUGCUCUCAGGAUGCCCGGAAACAGGUAUCUUGAAAGGAGGUGACCAGGAGCACCAGAUGCCAGUGACGGAGCGCAGCUCGCCUGCCAGACUGAAUCUGCCAUUGACUCAGGACAUCUCCUGGAGUCAGCAGUUGCUGACAAAGCAGUCCCCACAUCGUGCAGAGGACAUUCGGCAGAGACCGUUCCUGGGCCAGAGCGCGGGACAACAGCCGAGCUCCGCAGGAGAAACGAGGAGGGCAGGCUAUCAUGAGAACUUCCGAUCCGGGCCAUCAUCUCCCUGCUCUCCUGCUGCUCCAAGUCAGUCACCCAACAGGUCUGUCAGCGGAAAGAAGCUUUGUUCUACCUGUGGGCUUCCUCUUGGAAAAGGAGCUGCCAUGAUUAUUGAAACGCUUAGUCUUUAUUUCCAUAUCCAGUGCUUCAGGUGUGGCAUUUGCAAGGGACAGCUGGGAGAUGCAGCAAGUGGGACAGAUGUCAGGAUUAGAAAUGGUCUUCUUAACUGCAAUGAUUGCUAUAUCCGAUCCAGAACUGCUGGACAGCCAACUACAUUGUGACAUGACUUUCAGUCCCAAUGAUUGUCAAGAAGGAACUCUCUUCGCGUACGUAUCGGCUGCCUCCAGACAAUCACUUGUAAGAGCUUGAAUCCAUGGACAUCAUGGCGCUCAUCUCAUUUUGAAAAACUCAUAAAAGCGCUGCACCUGCUCCUUUAAAAUGCAAUAUGUUGGUUUUUUCCCUUUCAUAAGAAAUUUGCAAAAUAUGUAUGUCCAUGUUUGGGAAGGCAAAGCCUAAGUUCUAUAACAAAAAAAAAAAAUCCCACCUUUCAGGUAUGUUUAUGGUCUCCGGCCUGUUACCUUGUUCUUUGGAAAGUAAUAAGAAAAUAAACAUGCAAUAAAGCUGUUUUGGUUUAAUGUUUUUAGGAAUUUAAAAGUUUAAGUUUACAGAAACUUUAUAGAAUAUGCCAACUUGAGCUGAGAAGUAAUUUUAAGAUAGUAUCUAAUCAGUGCGUUUGAGAAACUAAACAUCACAGCACGACUUCUCUGUUAUAACUGAAGCUAUAACUUUUUUUAUACAGAGACUAGUUUGAUAAUACACCCUGUAAUUCUGAAGCAUUUUGUGUUUAUAUUACCUUCCGUGGAGGGUAGGUGUUACACAAAUAAAUUAUUGCACCUUUAGUAUUAGGAUUUUUUUGUUGUUGUUUGUGUACCUCAAGUAAUGUUCGUGACUAUAGCUUAAUAUUCUCUCAAAUAAAGAUUUCUUCAUUAAACCUAAAGA